AUGAAAAAGAAAGUUCUUGAAAAGAGAGAAGAUCUCAUUCAGAUGACAGCUGCCGUGUCUGAUAAGGAGUGGACUGGAACGUCUGGCUCAGACGCUUUAAUCAAGCGAAUGAGGAUUGGGAAGACCACCUGUAAAGAUUUGGUCGACUACUUCAGGGAGAGGGCUUCCAUAGAGAAAGAGUAUGGCAGCAAACUACUGAAGUUGUACAAGUCCAUGGAGAAGAAAGCACACAAUACUAAUGAAUCAGAUACCUUAGAUGAGGCAAUUGCUGUGUUCAUAGCUGAGAUAGAGUUGAUAGCGUCAGCUCAUUACGGUGCAUCGCAAAAUUACUUCGAGUGUAUUGAAAAGCUGCAGAAAUUUCAUGACACACAAAAGGACGAAAAAAAGAAGUUAGAAGAAAACUUAAAGAAAAGCCAAAAUAACAAAAUAGCCCAGUACCACAAAACUAUGACAAUAAAUCGUGUACAUGAAACUUAA